UUAAAAAUAUUUUCUCAUUCUCGUUCUCUUCAUUCUAUUGGCCUCGCUUUUCUUCGAUACCCGUUGGAAUCGAGCACAAGGAGGAGGAAGGAGCCGUUCCUCUCUUGGUCUCUCUCUUACUCUUGGUUUCUAGAAGCAGGCGACCGGCCAAUUAAAAGCCUUCCAGUCGCUAUGAAAUUGCUGGAAAGGUAUUAAAAGUAAGAUUACAAGAGAAAUACGGGAGAUUCCUAGAGGUAUCUGUGGAAAGGGGAAUCGAUUUCAGAUCAGCUACGUGCAAACUCUCUGUUUUAGGGCCGAUCGAUCGAACAGAGACAGAGUUGAAGGCAAUCUAGGGCCUUUUGCGGGAGUUUUGUCAGUUGCUUAGAUGAUAUGGAAGUGGAUGCCGCUGAUUAAUAUGAUGUUUUAUGUUGGACGCGAAGCUUCCAAGCUAUGGAAGAAGAUUUUUAUGGAGACGUACGUGGAGCUACAACUGCUGGCAGAGAAGUGGAAGUUUCUAUUGGCUGGGCUCGUUUUUCAGUAUUUUCAUGGUUUGGCUGCUAGAGGUGUACAUUAUUUACAUCGGCCUGGACCAGUUCUUCAUGAUCUAGGAUUUGCUAUCUUGCCGGAGCUUGGAGUGCAAAGAGCUUACCUUAGCGAGACACUUUUCUCGGUCAUCUUUUUCUCCUUCUUAUUGUGGUCAUUUCAUCCGUUCGUUUGCCAUGGCAAGCGCUUCUAUACUGUUCUGCUGUGGCUUAGGGUGUUGGCUUGUCUAGUGAUUUGCCAGACUCUACGGAUUUUUACAUUCUAUUCUACCAUACUCCCGGGUCCUAAUUAUCAUUGUCGUGAGGGAUCACCUCUUGCCAUACUUCCCCAUCCCGAUAGCAUAUUUGAAGUUCUCCUUCUAAAUUUUCCUCGAGGAGUCCUAUAUGGAUGUGGUGACUUGAUAUUUUCAUCCCACAUGAUAUUUACUUUGGUUUUUGUGCGUACUUAUUAUAAGUAUGGCUCAAACAGGUUCAUCAAGAUGCUUGCAUGGUUGAUGGUUAUAUUACAGAGUCUGCUUAUAGUAGCUGCUCGGAAACACUAUUCUGUUGAUGUUGUAGUUGCAUGGUAUACUGUAAAUUUGGUCGUAUUUUUUGUUGACACGAAGCUACCAGAAAUGCCUGAUCGUUCUGUUGGAAGUCAACAAAUACUUCCUUUGAGUUCUAAAGAAAAAGAGAGCAAAGCCAAAGAAGAGAACCACAAGCUAUUGAAUGGUGAUGCUGCUGAUCGGAGGCAAAGAACGCAAAGCAGUGGGAAACAUAUUGAGAAUGGUAAUCAUCACGUUCAUUCUGAAGCAGCAAUGAAUGGGGUGUAGACAGAGACAGCACAAAUUAUAGUACAAGUGGGACAUAGACCGGACGCUUGGGACUGCUGAGAAAUUUACUCAACACAUUGAAAUAUUUGAGAUUGUCGCAAGAAAUUUCUCUCGUUGGACAAUCCUGCUGUCAAGAUGCUUAUUGUACCAUGGCCCCACCAGCAAUUUUGAAUUUUCUUUUGUGAUUGCUUGGCAAUUUUUUAUAUCUUAAUUUAUUACCUUUUUUUCUAAUGGCAAUUUCAUAUUUUAGACCGAAGCUGGUUUUCAUUGUAAUAACAUGUCACUGCUGCGAGCAACAUAGGGCGUCUAGCACAACUCUUUCUUCAUUUUGUUUCAUUGUCGCAUUUUUUUUUUA